UUGUCACUUACCUGCCGCAUUGUCUAGGGUUUUCAAGAAUUCCCACACUCUCUCUUUACAACCAGUUUUAAGCUUUUUACAUAUCAGUCUAUUAAGCUACCAACACCAUAUCCCAAUAAUGGGUUGUAAUCAAUAGUGUUAUAUGUUUGAAUUAAAUCUUUGCUAAAGAUACAUAGUAUCUUGUAUCUCUUUCCAUCUAUACAGCAAAAAAGAUCCAUAAAAAUGGCAACUUUGAACCCAUUUGACCUUCUUGAUGGUGAUACUGAGGACCCAAGUUUGUUUGUUGUAGCUAAGCAGGUUCUUCCUGCUUCUGUUCCCAACAAGAAGGGUGCUGCUCAGGUUACACAACAAGCUAAGCCUACUGCUAAGUUGCCUUCAAAGCCCUUACCUCCAUCUCAGGCUGUGAGGGAAGCCAGGAAUGAUGGCCAGCGUGGAGGAGGUCGUGGGGGACCACGUGGAGGAUUCCGUGGACGCGGGCGCGGUCGUGGGUUUAACCAAGAUUUUGCUGAUGGUGAGAAUACAUUUGGCAGCAGUAAUGGGUUAUCUGGAGGGUAUAAAGCUCCAGAAGAUGGAGAGUCAGGGAGGCCCUCUGAAAGGAGAGUUGGAUACGGAGGACCACGCGGGGCGUUUCGUGGUGGUCGCCGUGGUGGUUUUAGCAAUGGAGAUGCUGCGGAUGGUGAACGUCCCAGGAGAGCGUUUGAGCGACGAAGUGGAACUGGACAUGGGUAUGAAUUUAAACGAGAGGGUGCUGGUCGUGGGAAUUGGGGAAGUCCUACUGAUGAGCUUGCACCGGAGACUGAAGUACCUGUUAAUGAAGGAGAAAAGAUUGUUGAUGCCGACAAACAAGAUGGGCAGGCAGAUGCUGCAGAUGCCAGUAAGGACACUCCGGCGGUCGAGCCAGAAGAGAAAGAACCUGAGGAGAAGGAAAUGACCCUAGAAGAGUAUGAGAAGGUACUGGAAGAGAAGAGGAAAGCCUUAUUGGCUUUAAAGCCUGAAGAAAGAAAGGUUAAUUUGGACAAAGAGUUUGAGUCCAUGCAACUUUUAUCAAACAAGAAGAGUGACGAUGAGGUCUUCGUUAAAUUGGGUUCUGAGAAAGAGAAACAUAAAGAGGCAGUGGAAAAAGCCAAGAAGACUAAAAGUAUCAAUGAGUUUCUGAAGCCUGCCGAUGGCGAAAGUUACUAUCGCCCAGGUGGCCGUGGAAGGGGACGUGGUCGUGGAAGGGGUGGUUCUGUUGGAAACAACAGUGUUGAUGCACCAUUCAUAAAAGCACCAUCCAUUGAAGAUGUAGGACAGUUCCCUUCUUUGGGCGCCAAGUAAGGAAGCAGAACUGACCAUCUGGGCUGGUCUCUACUUUCGCAGUAUUUAUCAUGUUUCGGCUCAAUGAUGGCAGAAUAUCUCCAGGAAUCUGUUCCUGUAUUAGAAUUAUCCAAAACCUUUAUAGUUCAUCUAAUAGUGUAAAUUUAGAUGACUUUCUGGGAUUUUAUGCCCUUAGUAUUUAUUUACUUUUGCUAUGCAUGAA